AUGGAGGGCGCACUGGCCGCCAACUGGAGCAGGGCUGAGGCGAACGUGAGCUUGGCGCCGCCGGGGGCCGAGGGCAACCUCACCGCAGCUGGGCCGCCACAGCGCAACGAGGCCCUGGCGCGCGUGGAGGUGGCCGUGCUCUGCCUGAUCCUCUUCCUGGCGCUGAGCGGCAACGCGUGCGUGCUGCUGGCACUGCGCACCACGCGCCACAAACACUCGCGCCUCUUCUACUUCAUGAAGCACCUGAGCGUCGCCGACCUGGUGGUGGCAGUGUUCCAGGUGCUGCCGCAGCUGCUGUGGGACAUCACCUUCCGCUUCUACGGGCCCGACCUGCUGUGCCGCCUGGUCAAGUACUUGCAGGUGGUGGGCAUGUUCGCCUCCACUUACCUGCUGCUGCUCAUGUCGCUCGACCGCUGCCUGGCCAUCUGCCAGCCGCUGCGCGCCCUGCGCCGCCGCACCGACCGCCUGGCCGUGCUGGCCACGUGGCUCGGCUGCCUGGUGGCCAGCGCGCCGCAGGUGCACAUCUUCUCCCUGCGCGAAGUGUCCGACGGCGUCUUCGACUGCUGGGCAGUCUUCAUCCAGCCCUGGGGCCCCAAGGCGUACAUCACGUGGAUCACGCUGGCCGUGUACAUCGUGCCCGUCAUCGUGCUGGCCGCCUGCUACGGCCUCAUCAGUUUCAAGAUCUGGCAGAACCUCCGGCUCAAGACGGCGGCGGCGGCGGCCGCGACAGCCCAAGGGCCCAGCAGCGCGACCACGGGCGGCGAGGGACUGAUGCCCCUGGCACGGGUCAGCAGCGUCAAGCUCAUCUCCAAGGCCAAGAUCCGCACGGUCAAGAUGACCUUCAUCAUCGUGCUGGCCUUCAUCGUCUGCUGGACGCCGUUCUUCUUCGUGCAGAUGUGGAGUGUCUGGGAUGCGAACGCGCCCAAAGAAGCCUCUGCCUUCAUCAUCGCCAUGCUCCUGGCCAGCCUCAACAGCUGCUGCAAUCCUUGGAUCUACAUGCUCUUCACGGGCCAUCUCUUCCACGAACUCGUGCAGCGCUUCCUGUGCUGCUCCUCCGGCUUCUUGAAGGGCAGCCGGGGCAGGGAGACAAGUGUCAGCAAAAAGAGCAACUCGUCCACCUUUGUCCUGAGCCACCGCAGCUCCAGCCAGCGGAGCUGCUCCCAGCCGUCCACCGAGUGAUUCCGCCGGGUCCGGACUAGCCCGGAGGCCCGGAUCGAUUGUGCUGAAAUGAACAGCCUGUCCUUGCUGGCCGUACACGUGUGUGUG